AUGGAGAUGGGCUUCAAAAGUCGAAACAAUGUGAGGCUGACGGAAGGAGCCGUGCCCAGUGUACAGUCUUUAUCUUUGUCUGCUGCUAGCGCGGCUGCUAGCGGGGGUGCUAGUGCUAACGCGGGUAAUGCAGGUGCUGGUACAGAAAGAUCUUCAUCAGCUUCAACAAAACGCUGGUUAUUUUCAAUUUUGAGUGAAGAUGAUGAAGCUCUUACAAAAGAAAUCAUGAAUGAACCCGAUGAAGACUUUACCACUGAUUCUUUGCCAAGAACUAUCGAUCAGGCUCUACAGUGCAACAUAAGACUUCCUUAUCGUUCAUCCGGUGUCCAGGUGAAGCCUACAUUGAUAAGUAUUGGCACUCAAACUGAAGAGGAUAUUCAUUCCACUACAACGGCCAUCAAUCAUGUGACCUCUACACCUGUGAAGAAUGAUGAGGAGGAUGAGCAGUCCUCCUUUGAUUUUGAUAGUCAUCAGUGGGACAGCUCUUGGAGCAUUGAGGAGGAGGAAAUGGACACUGAUACAUCGGAGGAAGAGGCACAGGACGAAGAACAGAGAAAUACAAAGUAA